AUGCAGAAAAAGAAAGGGAAGGGAGGACAGAUUUGGAUUAAAAAAGGAGAGAAAAGGGGAGAGGACGGGAAACCGAACACUGCAGAUAAGGAUUCGGAGCCCUUGGUGGAAACUGAAGGUGAGGAUCUAGAGGGUAACGAAUGGCAGCUGGUGAGCUGCAAUGACAACCGGGUUGAUGAUGCCCCCAGUAAGGAGGCGGUGCCAACGACUGUCAAACAAUCCCUGUGCAUGGGCCAUGCAAAACCGAGUGGUGAGAGUCUGCAGAAUUUGAGUAUGCAGAACAAUGCGCAGAAGCAGAAACGGCCGGAGAGGGAGUCCCAGCAGGGGCGGCAGGAGGCGGAGCACCAGCAAGGUGAACAAGAUGACGAGCUGAAACAGGGACUGGAAAGGCUAGUGAACCUACGGGGUCUGUCAGAGGGGGAACAGAAGCAGCUGUGCAGUCACGAAAAUGAAGAAACACAUCACACGCAACAGCUCCAGCAGGUUCACGAACGGGAUUUACGGACUGAAGGGAUGGCAAAAAGCAUGUUGUCAGUUGAAGGCGACUUAUAUGAGACGGGGCUAUCUCAUGAGGGAGGAAGGAAAGUAGAAACCGUGACCCAUCCCCUGCAAGAAAAAGUUCCGCACGAAGUGACGGCACCUUUAUGGUCUACCAUGCAUGAUGUCUCAUUGGCUGAACAAGAAAACUCUAAAAUAAUGGGAUUUUUUUCUACGGAAACCCACGGGCUGGAUGGGUUAGUGAGUGAAACCCACGGGUUGGAUGGGUUAGAUGCAGGAGCUACUAAGGAAACCCACGGGUUGGAACGCGAAAACCACGGGUUGGAUGGAUUAGUGGGCGGAAAAAUGCUGUUUUUUAAUAUGGAAGAAAGUCAGUCGGAUUAUGAAGUUGAAAGAGAUAAUUUGCAUGAAGAUUCACAAAAAGACUAUAGUUCUGAGUCAGGCAAAAUUUGGUUAUUAUGGAACUCGGAGGUUUCAGUCCAAAAGUUGGCUAGUUCUAAUCAACUUUUGACGGUCAAAGUGGAAGAAAAUGGUCAUGGUUUUAUUCUUACUGUUGUGUAUGCUAAGUGUAACCACAAUGAAAGGAAAUCCCUUUGGGAGGAUUUGGAGGAUACAGCUAGUUUCUCUCUUCCUUGGAUUAUUUGUGGGGAUUUUAAUAUUAUCAAAGAUGAUUCAGAACGCAGAGGCAGACAACCGCGUCAAUUCACCGCAAUGGCUGAUUUUAACCUCUGUAUUCAGAACUGUGGUUUGGUGGAUAUGAGAUUUCAAGGCCCAAGUUUUGGCUCGCACAACCUCGGGCCAUUCUCCCUUGGUGAUUCAAAUAGGAGAAAAUCCUUUCAGACUACUACUAUUAUUCAUGAGUUGGAACAACGUAUUGAUAGAUUGGAAUCCAGUCUGCAAAAUUGCUUUAAUACUGAGGAUGAUAAUGAUUUAAUGGUUUCCAAGUUUGAAUUAUCGACUUGGAUGAGCCGAGAAGAGACGCGCUUGUCUCACUUGGCCAAAAAAAAUUGGUUGAAGGAUGGGGAUCAAAACUCAAAAUUUUUUCAUGCUAUUUUGAAUGUUAAAAAGCAUAAUAGGGUUAGUGAUAUGUUUUUGGUUGACGGUACUCAUAUAAAUUCCCCUGUUAAAAUUCAUCAAGCUGCUGUUGAUUAUUUUAAGGAAUUUUUGGGGCAUCAUAAUAGUUGUGAUAUGUCUGACCUUAACCAUCUUAUUUCUCCUGUGAUAUCUAAUGAGGAGAACCUUAUGCUUUGUAAAGAUCAUUCUAUUGAUGAUAUUAAAGAUGCCCUCUUCAGUAUUCCUAUUGAUAGCAGUUCGGGUCCGAAUGGUUUUGGCUCUGGUUUCUUUCGUACUUGUUGGGAAUUUGUUAAGGAGGAUCUCUUGGAAGCCACCCUUGAGUUCUUCCACUCGCACCACUUGCCCAGGUAUUUCACUGCUUCCUAUAUAGUUUUGAUUCCUAAGGUUGAUAAGCCGAAUGGUUUUGAUAAAUUUAGACCUAUUAGCCUCUGCUCUGUCUUCUAUAAGAUUUGUACCAAGAUCAUUGUGGCUCGGUUGACUAAUCUGCUAGCUAAGAUGAUAGCUCAAGAGCAGGGGGCUUUUAUUCCUGGUCGUAGCAUUUUUGAGAAUAUUAGCUUAACUCCGGAAAUGGUCCACUCUAUUAAUAAAAAAUCUGUUGGCGGUAAUGUGGUUAUUAAGCUUGAUAUGUCUAAGGCCUAUGAUAGAGUUGAUUGGAAGUUUCUUCUUCAUGUUUUGGAUGCUUUUGGUUUCUCAGCUCAAUUUUGUGAUUUAAUUAAAGCUUGCAUAUCUACGCCUUGGUAUUCUAUUAUGAUGAAUGGUACUCCCAAAGGCUUCUUUAAGAGUGAGAGGGGAUUGAGGCAAGGUGAUCCGUUAUCACCUUAUUUAUUCAUUAUAUUGCAGGAGGUCCUCUCUCGCCUUCUUAAACAAGCUUUUGACUGUGGUCUUAUUAAUCUUUUUUCUCAAGCUAGAAGCACCCCUCUUGUUUCUCAUCUCAUGUAUGCUGAUGAUAUUGGAUCUUUGCUAAUGGUAGUAAAAAGUCUAUGA